AUGGCAUAUGCUACGACUACCUCUCCGGUUCUGGAUGCCGACUCUCAAUCCAGCUUAAAGCUUGCAACAUCUCUCCCUCAGCCGACUUCCUUACACCAUGUUGUCACCUCUCUACCUACUGGACAACAAUUCUCCAACACUACACACUCUGGACAAUCGUCCUCCAACGCGCCCUCUUUCACGUCGUCUCCAAUCUCCACACCAACAUCAUCCUUCCCUGCCCCGGACACUCCAUAUGCUUUCACCCCUGCUGGUACACCAUUCCAAACCGCCAGCGAAGGACUCCGUGGCCGAGUGACUGGUCUAUCACUGCCUACCCCAGGUCCUCUCGAACUGGGUGAAUCUAUGAUGGCUAUUCCCGGCAAUGCGAACCCAUCCAGCUUCAAUGAUCCCGCAACCUCAAAGGCGCCGGGCCUGAUGCGGCGGAUUUCCCGCGGUGCUGCCAACAAACUUACUCGUAGAAGACAAUCCGCAACCCAGAACGAAAAGCGGGACCGGAGCACUGGCCCCAUUAUCAUGCGGCGCCGCAGUGACAGUAAAACCGGAACACAGCCCGUUCGAGACAGCGCGCUUGACUCCAGCAACGAAGACGAGACAGGCGAAAGUCUGGACAAUCUGGGCGCCUGGGGCGGCUCGGAGGCAUCCAGCCUUCGAAGUGAAAGCCGCAUGUCUGCUGCUCGCGAGGCUGGACCUCCUGCUGCGGUUGUCAUCGCCCCCAAGGUCGACUCAGCCGUUCAGCGUGGUACUGUCCUCACAAAAGUUACCAAGAAGCGGAGAAAGCAAGUGCGCUUCUUCCUGGACCUUGAUGCUGCCAAGGUCUUCUGGGAUGUUUCCAAUCCUGCCAAACGCUUCUACAUUGAUGACAUCAAGGAAAUCCGGGUUGGUCCUGAUGCUCGCAAUUAUCGUGAAGAGCAUCAGAUCCCGGAGGACUUGGAGCGUCGCUGGUUUACGAUUGUCAUCGCUGAUUCCGAUCGCUCCAAGGGCCGUACGGUGAAGACUUUGCAUCUCAUUGCCCCCAGCGACCGGAUCCUCGACCUGUGGAUCACCACACUUGAACAUAUUUCUCGCUACAGAAUCGGCCUCAUGGCCGGUCUCGCUGGUUCGAGUCAAAGCGAAGCUGUUCUGCAAGCUCACUGGCAGCGUGAGAUGACAAGAAUGUUCCCCCAAGGACUUCCCCCAGCAGACGAGCAAAGUCUCGACCUUGCUGCUGUGGAGAAGGUAUGUCGCAGUCUGCAUAUCAACUGUUCCAAGAAUAUGCUUCGGGCACAAUUCACCAAGGCGGACUCUGCACGAAACGGGAAACUCAACUUUUCCGAGUUCAAAGAUUUCCUCAUGCGCUUGAAGGAACGAAAAGACAUCAAAGAUCUUUUCAAGCAUAACACCGCAAACACGAAAGAAGGCAUGACCCAGGACGAGUUCUUGACUUUCCUUCGUGAUGUGCAAAAUGAAGACAUUGAUUCCGAUCGUCCUUAUUGGGCUGCACUGUUCGACAAGACUGUUCGACGCUCCACCAAAUCCCGAACCCCUUCAGCUGAAGGGUCUGAACUCAUCCCACCUGUGAUGCAUAUGAACUUGGACUCAUUUGCCACAUUUUUGGCUUCGCCCAGCAAUGGUAUCUAUGCAUCCCGUGCUCCCCAGUCGAGAUUUGACCGUCCAUUGAACGAGUACUUCAUCUCGAGCUCACACAAUACGUACCUUCUGGGUCGCCAGGUAGCUGGUGCUUCAAGCACCGAAGCUUACGUGAGUGCACUUCAGCAAGGGUGUCGCUGUGUCGAAAUUGACUGCUGGGAUGGUGCGGAUGGACGCCCCAUUGUCUCCCAUGGCCGAACUUUGACUACCAGCGUUCUCUUCGCUGAUUGCAUCACUGUCAUCAACCGAUAUGCGUUCAUCUCAUGCGAUUUCCCCCUGAUUCUCUCCCUCGAAGUUCACUGCAAUGCGGAACAGCAGUUGGCAAUGGUCAAGAUUAUGAAGGAGACAUUCAAGGACCAGCUCAUCCUUGAGCCCUUGAUGACCAACUGUCACAUUCUCCCAUCGCCCGAGGAAUUGAAGGGUCGCAUCCUGGUCAAGGUCAAGACCUGCGAUGAGGCCGAAUUCGAUCCUCGCCAGGACACAGUCAGCUCUGUUGGCACACACGGCCGCAAGCGCAGUGCCAGUACGCCCUUCGUGCGACCCGCACCUUCAGACUUGCCCCUUCCAUCCUUGUCCAGCCCCCCUACUAUUGCAUCUGUCGACAGUAUUGGUCCUCUCAUCUCGCAGGACAGGAGAUCUCUCACUGCGACUAGCAUGAGCAGCGCGACCGAAGAUAGCGACGGGGCUCUUGUGUCCAUCCACAACGACAAAAAGAAGAAGCGACGCCAGAAAAGCAAAAUCACGAAGCCCUUGUCCGACUUGGGCGUUUACACCCGGGGCUACAAAUGGCACAGCUUCUCAUCUCCGGAGAGCAGGCGCUACAACCACAUCUACUCAUUCGCCGAACGCUCUUUCGAGGGCAUCACUCAGAACCAUGACAACAAAGUUGCACUCGAAACGCACAACCGCAAGUACCUAACCCGAGUCUAUCCUUCCGGGUUCCGACUUCGCUCCUCGAACUUCGAUCCGAACAAAUUUUGGCGCCGUGGUGUGCAGAUGGCAGCAUUGAACUGGCAAACAUACGAUAUCGGCAUGCAAAUGAACCAGGCUAUGUUCGCGGCUGGCACCGACCGCACAGGUUACAUCCUCAAGCCUGAGAGUCUUCGCCUGCCCGCAAGCGAAGAUGGAACCCAGAAGCGCAAGACGGAGCGCAAAAUGGUUCGCUUCUCAGUCGAUGUCAUCUCCGCCCAGCAGCUACCCCGCCCUCGUACAAUUGGCCAGGACGACAGCAUCAAUCCUUAUGUCGAGAUCGAGAUGUUCAGCGCGGAUGACCGCGGCCAGAGUUUCGUUCUUGGUGAGGGUGGUAUGGAUGCUUCGGCUCGCAAUGGCAUGUCUGGAAUUGGUUACCCACACCGCCGGCGCACCAAGAUCGAACAAAGCAAUGGUUACAGUCCUGUGUUCAAUGACAAAUUCAAGCUGUCGCUGGAGACCAAAUAUCCCGACCUUGUUUUUGUCAGAUGGACCGUCUGGAGCUCAAUGGACGGCCGCAGCGCUGGAAACAACAACAGCGUGCAGUUGGCCACCUUCACAGCCAAACUCACCAGUCUAUCACAGGGCUACCGCUAUCUGCCCCUCUAUGACAACAGCGGUGACCAGUAUUUGUUCUCAACCUUGUUCUGCAAGAUCUCCAAGGAAGACCCUUUUUCUGUCCAGCGUCUGGACCUCGAAGAACUUCGUGCUGAGCGUAUGGGAAUCUUCCGCCAGAUCGGUCAGACCGUCUUCAAGCGCUCUUCCUCCGCUGAGCGCGAGAGAGAUCAAGCGCAAGAUCGCAGUGAGCCCGUAAGCCCCGAGGACAGGGACGGCUCACCCAACCUGACACCCACUGUGUCAACAACCUCCAACUCCUCAUUCGUGCAAUGA